AUGCCACCGCGAAUACCUCCGCCCUCAAGGGCGAUUGCUUCGAUCCUGAGAUGCAAACACCCCUUCAAGAUUCGACGGCAGUAUGCAACAGCAGUUGCUCCAGCAGCUUCUCACGAGCAGAUGACACAAUCAUCACCGCCCAUAAAACGAUACCCCGCUACCCAACCUCCCUCCUACAAGCCGCCUGAGUUCAGGAAAUCACAGCUUCUCCGGCAAUAUGCCUCGCUCCUCCGCUCCACACCUCUGAUGAUACUCUUCCAACACAACAACCUCACAUCAACAGAAUGGGCAGGAAUAAGGCGGGAACUUACCAAAGCUCUGCGCAAAGUCGAUGAAGCUAUGGUUGCGGCUGGCCAGCCUCCGCAGAAUUUGGCAGAGGGUAUUAAGGUCCAGAUCAUACAGACCGGCAUCUUCGCCUCUGCGAUUAAGAUUGUUGAAUUCUACAAGCCGGAUUCACAGUCAUCUCCGCCUGCCAUUGAUCCUACAGAUCCGGCUACGCCAUCUUCUGCCGCGAUUCCGAUUGUCAGCCCUGAUGCGUCCAAGCUUACUCAUACUUUGUCCGAGGCAGCCCAUCAAGCAAUUGCCAGAAAAUCACAUCCCUUGGACCCGUUACUUUCUGGGCCAUUGGCUCUCUUGACCUUUCCCACUGUCUCGCCUCAGCACUUGAAGGCAGCGCUGUCUAUACUGUCGCCCUCUAAACCGGAUUUCCCAGCUCCAACACGAAAAGCAAACCCAGGCUAUUUUGAACUCCCAGUCCAAAGCGGGUUACAGAAGCUGUUACUGCUCGGAGCUCGUGUAGAGGGCAAGAUAUUCGAUAGCGAGGGGACGAAAUGGGUGGGAAGUAUUGGAGGUGGGUUGGAUGGUUUGCGGGGACAAUUGGUGUCUAUGUUACAAGGUAUUGGUGCUGGUGUUACAAAUACCCUGGAGAGUGCGGCAAAGAGUCUAUAUUUCACAGUUGAAGGUAGACGGACUAUGUUGGAGGAUGAAGAGAAGGGAGUCUCAGAAGAGAAAACAGAGGAGGCUAAAAAACCAGAGUGA